GAGCACGCGGACAAGCUUCCGUGCCGUGGUUUCACACAUCCCAUAUUCGCGAGGGCUCCAAAAUCGGUACAGGCGCAGCAUUAGACGGCAUGAAGGCAUUCGCGCAAACGCUAGAGCUGAAGGACGACCCGGCGCUGAUUUCGGAGUACCUUGAGUACCACAAGCGCGUAUGGCCCGAGGUGCUAUCGGCGAUCCAGGCAACGGGCAUCAGCACGAUGCGCAUCUUCGUGCACGGCAACCGGCUAUUUAUGUACGCGGAGGCGCCGGAUGACUUCGACGCUGCCAGGGACUAUCAGAAGUACACUGCAAGUGCGCGUGCUCGCGAGUGGGAUGAGCUGAUGAGGAAGUACCAGCAGCGGGUGCCCGCAGCGUCCUCUAACCCUGACGAGUGGUGGUCUCCCAUGGACCUCUGCUUCGACCUUUCUGAUCAACUGCAAAAGAAUGGUCCUGGGUAACGGAACACUGUUGGGGAAUGAUACGAGAUGCUGCUGAAAGUUGCAGCAUGCGAUCAGGCACAAAUGUAUGCAUGUUGUUGGAAUGGUAAAUGUAAGGUUCCAGUUAGCGAUGGUUCAGAAGGUUACGUAGGAAGGGGCCACUUGGAUAGCUCGUAGGGGACCUCCGAAGGGUUGCGGCGUCGACCUGGGGGGUGUGGGUGAGCGUACCCACCAUAGGAAGUCGCCCUUAUAUCCAAGUUCGUUAGCUAACUGGAACUUUCCCUGGAGGUUAUGCAGCAGAAACAUCCUCCUCAAGCUAGUGAACGUUGUUGAGGUAGCUG